UUGUGUCGAUAGAAAGAAUGUUUUAAUCAUUUAACUUUCGUGACUUAAAUAUCAGGAAAAUGUUUGUAAUGGAUGCCAGGCAUUACAGUUUUAUUCUAAUAAUAGUUUUAUUUUCUGCAGCAGAAACGAGGAAGAAAGGUUGUCCACCCCAAGAAGAUAUUCCAGAAUGUGUCUGCACUUCAUCAGAUUGGAUGAUAUGCAAAAAUAUUAUGACCCCACACCAGUUAUUGUCUAUAAUGAACGUCAUUUCCGACUACACACUUUACAGAAUGAGUAUAUUUGAUUCCGAACUGAUGUAUCUACCAAAUGGAAUGUUUAAGAAUCUUCCUAUGACACACUUGACAUUUUCUUCCUGCUCAAUUUAUGGCUGGGAAUCAGAAAAUGGUUCUGUAGCAUUUGCAGGUGCCGAAGAGAGUUUAAACUCUAUUAGUUUGAGGGAUAUAAAAGGAAUAAAAUCGUGGAACUGGUCCGUUUUUGCCGCUUUAAAGAAUCUUCAAAGUUUGGAUAUCGUCUCGAGUGAGUUAGGACCCAUUAGCGAAAAUUUCAAACACAUACCAUCUGAAAAAUUGGAAACUUUAUUCAUAAGUAAUUGCGAAGUCGAUUAUAUUGAACCUCGUGCCUUUUCCAAGUAUGAAAAUUUGAGGUGGCUAACAUUAGAAAACAUUACUUUGACAAAAGUCAAUAGAUCCAUGUUACCUACGAUAGCUAGACGUUUAGAAUCUAUAUCCUUUACCGGUAACAAGUUGAGAAAUCUGCCAGAAGACAUAUUUACAAAUAUGCCAGUUCUUGAAGCAGUAUACUUGAACAAUAAUCAUUUUCAUCAUUUGCCAUUCGAAGUCGUCAAACCUAUAAUAAAUAAUAAAAAUUGGAGAGUGGUACUAAUGGAUAAUGACAUAUAUUGCUGUAGCGACAUGUCGUGGGUUAUUCCGUUUGGUCUGAAAAUUCCAGCAAUAUGCAAAUAUCCACAGCACUUAAGGGGAUUUCAGUUAGGUUUAUUGAGAAAAUCUGACUUUGAUCAUGGCGUUUGUUGAAUGAAAAUUGAAGCUGAGAAAUAAAAGUAAAUCUUAAACUCUGUUUUACUAUUUUUACUUUUAAAAUCGGUAAAAAAAAGUAAAAUUCAUUGUAAUUUCAAGUUUUCUACAAGGCAAUUUUUUCAUUGUAGCCUGUUUAAAGUACUUUAUAAGUACAGUACUUAUAAAGUACUUUAUACAGGCUACUUAUACAGUGAUUUCUAUGUACUAUGUAAGUAUCCAAAAAUGUAGUAAGUCGCCCAAAUAUAGUAGCCUAGAGCCCUACAAAUAUCUCAAUCUGUUACUCAUAAUCCAAUUUUGCAAUCCCCAAACCCGGUCGUGUUUUAUGAAUCAGAGAAAAAAGGGUAGUCCAUGGAUGAGAUGAGUCUCGAACUGUAAAAGCAAAGUCAAGCCAAGAAGUAGCCGUAUUUUGAACUAACCGAAUUCUUUACGUGUAAAUUACGGGAAAAUAGUACAGUUACGAACUAACGGAAUUUCGAACUAUCCUAGUUCGAAUUAACGAGGAUUUCCUGUACUUUUUUGUUUAUUUAACUAAUAAUAAUCUUAGGCCUAAUAAAACUUUAUUAAGGUAAAGUAUAUUGAUCACGCU